AUGUUCUUACGCAAUGUUCAUACUAUAUAUGCAGGUGCUUCCUAUCUAUCAUUAUCAUUUCCGCAGUCAGUCACUCAGUGUUUACUUGUUCUCAAAGUUUCAGAUGACCUUGGACAAAUCGAGCUUCGAGCCUUGAUACGCUAUUGUUGGAAGCGACUACUUUCGACAAGAGCUGCUGCGAAAGAGAUUUGUGAUACUGAAGGCGAAGGAACUGUCCACUACACAACUGGUUCUCGAUGGUACAAACGAUUCGGUUCCGGUAACCUUAGUGUCAAAGAUCUGCGGGCAGCCUUGGACGAUGAGCCUUCAUCGAACAGUGGUGAAUUGGCGUCGAUUCCUGGAGCCUCGUCAGCAUCCACACGAGUUGAAUUCUGCCAUGAAUGGUUGGAAGCGUAUUGUGACUUCGGACGAAAAAUGGGUCUACUUGGUCAAGCACAACCGGCAGAAGCGGUGGGUUUCGAGUCAGGAUUCUUUCGCAAAGAAGGUGAUGAUUUGCGUCUGGCGGAACUUUGGGGGAGUGCUUCACUUUGA